UUUUGUGCAUAUAUUUAAUAAUAACAAAUAUAAACUUAAAUAAAAUUUUAAUGAAUUAAAAAAACAAUUUAUAAUUUAUUAGUGUCGAUUAAAAAUAUUAAAAAUUUUUAAUAAUAAUAACUAUUGUAUACACUAAAACACAAAUGUUAUAUUGAGACAUUGUCGCUCUAAAAUCAUGACUUACGAAAAUAUUUAACAAUAUCCAUAUUUUGAAAAUAUUGGAUAAUAAAGCAAUAUAUCUUUUCCUAUUUAUCCACAGCCCCAUAUUAAAAUAAUAACAUUUAAAAAAUAAAACACUGCUACAUAUCGCGUAUAUAUACGUACAAUGUACGUAAUCGGUAUCGCGAAGAUAUAUAUUUCUUUUUCUUUUUUUUUUUUUUUUUUGUUUUUGAAAGAUAUUUGUAUAUACAUUGCAUGUACAUGUAUUUUUGCACAUAAAAAUAGGCAAAUAAUAGGCCUAUAACAUUUUCUAUAUAUUCAGAUUUUAGCACGUUUAUUGCUGACAAUUCAACUAACUUUUUAGCAAACUAAUCUAUCUUAGUUAUUCUCUAUUAGAUUGUAGCCUCUUAUUUCUAUUAUCUAUAAAAAAAGAUUUCGUAAAGUAUUUAGAAAAAAGGAUUUAAAAAUAUCUUAGAUUGCUUCCUACAAUAUAUUAUUGUUUGUUGUUUAUAUGCUGUUAAAUAAUUAUCAUCUAUUAAACAAUUAAUACCCGCUAAAAAUUCAUUUAAAUAGAUCUUUCGAUUAUACUAUCAAAAACCAGGUUCCAUUCUGACAGAUAAAACAUUAUUUAACAUAUCACGGAUUUCUGCCAUUUCUAUUCUGCUUUUUGCUACAAUAUCCUCUAAUUUUUUAUUUUCUUGCAUUAUUUUUUCUACUUUCUCCCAGCAUUUACUAUCAUCGAAUUGACAGCAACAAUCUGCAUGCAUGUCUUCAGUUCUAUAAAUAUGAUCUAUUUUUUCUUUGCAAUCGCAAGUUCGAUUUUUCUUUUUACAACAUUUAUCUUUUGUCUUUAAUAAAGUCGUUGUAGAUGUACUUGAGGUAUUUGUGCUUACACUUGGAGAAUAUUUAUAAGUAUUAAAUGGACCGUAAUUUUCGUUGGUCUUUUCUGUACUUAAACACUCGUCUUCAUCUGUAGAUUCUACAGUAGAAUUUAAUUUUUUAAUGUUUAUUAUUUUUUCUGAUGUUGCAUAUGAAUCAAAUGAUAGAUCAGAUUCAGAUUCUUUAUCUUGCGAUGCUUUAGAUAUUAGGUUUGAACUAUAGAAACUUUCUGCAUCCAAUUCAUUUACCCUUGCUUGACGUUUCAAACCUCUUCUUUUAUCUAAUAAACUUUCAUUAAUUUGGUUUUUCAUGAUUAUACUAUCACUAAAUCUUCUACCAUCUGGGAUGAUAUUAUUCUCUCCUAAAUUAACUUCAUUAUAUCCUUCACUAGCACGUCGAGUACCAACAUGUUUAGAGAAAAUAUUGCCAUCUUUCUCUGUUAUAAUAGCAAUUGAUUUGGAGUGCUCUUUUUCUCUAGUUUUAUAUUUCAUAUUAAGAGUUACUUGGUCAUCGAAAUAAUUACUUGAUAAUUCGUCAGUUCCAAAAAAUUCUGUACUAUCAUUAAAUUGAUCAGAUAAAUUCCUCUUGAUAGAUUCAUCUGAUUUAUUAAUAGAUGUUUUUUCUGGCUUUAUAUGCAUUUCCUUUAAUUCUCUUAAUUUAGAAAUAUCGUUAAUAGUACAAUGAUCAUUCACCUUUUCAUGUGAUGUUGUUUUUUUUGUAUUUGGUAAGCAUAUCUCAAUUAAAUCACCAUUAUGUCCAAAAGCAAAAGACUUUUGUCCUUAAAUAUGUAUAAUAAAAUAAAGUAGAAAAUAAUUUAAAGAAGAAGAUGAUACAUCAAUAUAUUUUAUCUUACCAAUAAUCAUGCGCUUAUUACGCAUAUCGGGGCUUUUUGAUCGUGGCUGGUCCAAAAAUUGUCUAUUGUCCGGUGAUAAUACGGAAUGUCUGGGUUGUGGAUAUAUUUUGUUAUAUUGUUCAUAAGGAUUGUAUAUUGCAUAAGCAUCCAUUUCAUGUGAUUCGUGCUCGCGUAAUCGUUCCAUAAUUUUUUGGACUAUUUCAGAUGGUGCUACAUAUGGCGAACCUUAUAAAAUAUCACAAAGCAUUAUUAGUAAAAAAUAUUUCAUAUGAUAUAUUACAAAUCAACGAAUUAUUAAUUCUAUUUGAAUCAAAAAAAAAAAAAAAAGAAAAGCAGAAACUCCACUCAUUUUGAACUAUAAUUUUCAAAAGGAAAUCUUUAAUUUAAAAAUAAUUUAUGAUUUGUUUGUAGGUAAUUACAUCUAUCUUGCAAACACUGUUAUAAUUAAUGUUAAAUGAAUUCCUAUAGAUAUUUCUAUUACAUAUAAUUGUUCUUAUAUAUAAACUCAUGCAUUUUGAAAUAUAUAUUAACAAAAAUAUGUAGAAUAAGCUUCAUUUAAUUAUAAACACACACAUGUAACAAAAACUUGCAUGUAGAAUAAACCAAUAUUUGCAAUAUUAAUAUACCUUACAAAGAAAAGAGAGUAAGUAACAAUUAUAAAUCAAUGUUUUUAUACAUGCUAUGACUUUCGUAUAUAACAAAUUAAAAAAAGAUGUUCAUGUUUUUGCAGCAAAUAAAUGUAGUUGCACAUUGCAUUCAUUAAACUUACAAAUGUACUGGACCCAGAAUGUCUGCGAUGUAAAAUACUUGUAUUCAUACUUAAUGUGCCAUCGCUUCCUAUAAAGUAUCAGUUACAUAGUACAACACUACAAUAUUAUGUUAAGUUUUUGUUCAUAUUAUAAACUUUGGAUAAUAUUGUAGGUUUAUCCUAUUAAGGAUUGUAACAUAUAGUUUAUCUAAAAAGAUAUAUACACUAUGAAACUUUCGCUUACCUGUUAGACCCCUGUAUCCCAAAGAUACGGAAUCAAAUGAUUCACUUGUUUCUUGUUGCUGUUUAACAAAGUCGUUUAUAGCAAUUCCUUUUAAUUUUGAUGGUUGUAAAAACCUUUUAGGUAUACGAGAUAAUGGACCACUUUCCUGAGGACUAUUGGAACAACCACCAAAUCCAAGACUAAGUAAAACUGCUUCAGGAUCUGCUUUUCUCAGUUCUAAUAAACUUUCUAUACUACUGCAAUGGCUACUAUCUGAUUGAAAACUUUGGUCUCGUGCAAGUCUACCAUGAGGAAGAGAACUAUAAUACAAAUAUAUCAUUUUUAUAUCUAUACAACUUGAGAAAAAAAUUUUAUUAAAAAAUGUCAUGCUUUAUACAUUCACAAACAUAUUAUUGAUUUUGUUUAAUGUAUGUGCAUAUAUAUAUACACUUGUUAAAAUAUUUACCUAGGUAUUUUAGUAGACAUAUUGACUGCUGAUGAGCCAGGCACAUUUAUAGGAGCUGAUACAGUCAUAGUAGGAAUCUUGGAAUAGUUUCCCUUUAAAACUGGAAUGUCUUUAGCUGGUGUAGGUAUUACCGAAGUGCUAGACUUAACGUCAAUUGAGAUAGGUACACUUGAUUUUAUAGGUGAUGGUAUAGAAUCAACCCAUUGUUGAACUGGGCUAUUACGACGUCUCAUUUCCCACAUUCCACGUAGCCAAUCAGUUACUCUUACAAUUGUUUCUUUUCCUAUACUUUCUAAAAAUAUAUAAUUCCUCAAAAACUUAUUAUAAAGCAUUCAAUUAUUUGUCAAUAAUAGUAUAUGAAGAUAAUUGCAAUUACAAUACAAAUUGUAAAUAACAUUUUAAUAUGUUAAAAAAUCUAAUUGUGUCAAAAUAUACCUGGGUCCAUAUCCCUUAGGCAGCAUGAGUAAUACGCAAAUUUAUUAUAAAAAAAAAGAAACACAAAAUUUUGAUAUGUUCGACAUGAAUAUUGGAUGAAAAAAGUGAUAUAUCAAUAAUUAUAAAAUUACCUUGAUAUUAUAGUAUAUACACGUUACAUUAUUUUAAAAAAUUGGCGUGCUCUUUAUGGCAUAUCUAUAAACUUUGUUAGGCCAUCUAAAUGAUUUGCGUCGUGCAUAGUGACUGAGCUUAUAACAGCCACUUGUUAAUAUACAUAUAUAUAUAUAUGUGUGCGUGUAUAUAUACAUAUAUAGUGUGACCGCACAUCAUAUAUGCAGACUGCAUACAUAUAUGGUCUACAUAUAUAUGCCUCAAUCUGUAUGUACGUUUUCAAUCAAUUUGCGCAACUUUCAUGUAACGUCACAACAUGGUGACUUUAUUUGGUAGUACUUUCUUUCAGUUUAUGUCUCGAAUAAGUAAGAACGUAAUAAAAUAAAAUAACAAAACAAACAAAUUUUUAUUCAUUAAUUAAAUUUUAUUUAUUUUAUCGUUUAGUCAUGAAAUUAAUAGUAAGAAUGUAAAAUAGAAUGUUAUGAAGAAGAGGGGUUGUAUCUAUGGUAACAAAACAAUGGUUAUAUUUUAUUCAAUAUUUGUAACUAGUGUUACAGAAUUUUGAACUAUGGAUUCUUUUCCUAAAAAAUUUAAAAACGACAUAUUAGUUUUAAUACCAAAAAAACAUAGAAAAAAAUAUUCUAAGCUAAUCAGUCGUAUUUUUCAUGAAAUUGAAAUUACAUAUAUGAAAGAAAAACAAAGUUUAGGAAUUAAAAAUGCUGUGUACGUUGAGAAGGAUCAUUGUCAAAAAUUAAUAACUAAUUUUGACAAUUAUAAAUUAUACAAAGACAAAUUUAUAAAAAAUCGUAGUAUUCUUAUGAAAAAAUAUUUUCUUUCUCAUCAAAUAAUAAGAAAUAUCGUUGAAACAGCACAGUUAAAACUUCCAAAAAUUAUUUGUGAUCUUAAGAAAUAUCAACAUUAUAAAAUUAUAACCUUAUCUCAAUUGCAAAGUAUAUGUAUCAAGGAAAUUAAUAGGAAUGCUUUAUUUAUAACAAAUACUUUUUAUAAUGAAACAUAUAAAGCUGUAAUAGAUGCAAAAACAUUAAAAAAUAUGUCUAUAAAACGUUUAAUACAUUUUUUACAGUGUGUAACAAAUGUCUUUUCACAGCAGAUUAUAUUAAUAAUGAUAAAGUCAAUUGAUAAUAUAAUAAAUCUUAUGGAUAGUAAAUAUAGCUGACCAAAAAUCGAAAUUAAGCUUAUAUAUGAAAACAAUCAGAUUAUUUUAAAACCAAAUGCAAAAGAUUUAUUUUAUACAUUCCAUGAUAUUCUUUCAAAUAUUGAAAAUAUUGCUCAAGAAUUGAUUCCAUUUGAAAAAUGUUUCAACAUAAAUACAAAUCAUGAAUAUAUUAAAAUAAAAUUACCAGAAUGGUUUGUUAAAAGUUCUUAUAAUAAAUUACAAAUGAGACUGGAAAAUAUGCUUAGACCAAUAAUGAAUGAUCUUACUACUAUUAUUAAUCAAUUUGGUAUUAUAUGUGAUGGUACAAAUGUAAAAGAAACAAUUCAAUUAUUAAUUUCACAAAAGUUAGAUUUUGAUGUCUGUCUAGCUGAAAUAAAAAAAUAUAGUAUGCAUCGUGAUGUUGCAAAAUCAAUGGUAACAAACGUGUAUUAUGAUAUAGGUCAAUUAAAUCAAGAACCUGUAAAAGAAGCAUUAAUAAAAUAUUGCUCUGAAAUAAUAGACAUACUUACAAAGGAAUUGCUAAACUAUCAUCUAACAUACAAUCAACUUAUUUGUUCUGAAUUUGAAAAUCUUAAAGCAAAAGCUUUAAAUGUACCCAAAGAUGCAAAGAGAUUAACUAAAUUAAUUGAUUAUAUGUUACAUGAUUCAAAAGUCUUGGUAAAGGAAUUAAAAGAAAGAAUACAUAAAUCAACAAAAAUGUUAAGUAUUAUUUUAGAAAUAACUACAUUAACAGAUGAUCAUAUGAGAAUAAAUAAAGACACUAUCAGAUGGUUGAAUCUAAUAGAACCCAUAUUUGCACAAAGUAAUAUUAUAUGUGAGGCAAUUAAAAGUGAUUUUGAAGAUGACCUCCAAAAGCGUAUAAAUACUUUAAAUGUUGAAGUAGAUAAUCUCUUUCCAUCUCUUAUGAUUUUAGAUAAUAUGGAUGAUAUUAAGAAAGUUGAAGAAUAUUCUGAACAUUAUGAUGAUCUUAUCAGAAAAGUCAAAGAAAUAGAGGAUCAAGUUAUUACAAUUAAUGGAGAAGAAUCGUCUUUUAAAUUUCCAGAAACUGAAUUUCCAAGAGUAGUUGAAUUAAAAGAGAUAGUUAAUCCAUUUUAUUGUCUUGUUAAUGUUAUUCGUCAAUGGCAGAGAGAUAAUUCUAUAUGGUUGAAUGGACCUUUUGAGUACUUGAAUCCUGAUGUGAUUAAGGAAAAGACUUUAUAUUAUUUUAUAAAAAUUACAGAGAUGAAUAAACAAUUCAAGUCGCGAAUUAAAAUGGAUGUUACAUCAAAUAAAUCAUUUAAGUUUUCUGGAAUCACAGAUGAUCCAGACCCUAUGCAACAACCUGCUCCACUGAAACUAUCAUGGCAAGCACUUAAUGAUAUCCAACAAUUUAAAGCAUAUUUGCCACUUGUUAUGUGCGUAUGUAAUCCUGCACUCAAGGAACAACAUUGGAAAGAAAUGUCUAUUAUAUCACAAUUUGAUCUUACCCCAAAUGCUGGAACAACACUUCAGAAAAUUAUUAAUUUUAAUCUAAUAGAAGAUAUAAAGAAAUAUGAAAUCAUAAGUACAAAGGCUACUAAAGAACUUUAUCUUUAUCAACAAUUGAUAGAAAUGCAACAAAUGUGGUAUACAAUUUCAUUUGAAAUAAUUUAUAGCGACAAGACCGAAUUGUUUGUAUUUAAAAAACAAGAUGAUAUAGACAGUCUUCUUGAAGAUCAUUUCUUAAAAAUAGAAGAAAUGAGAGCAUCUCACUUUGUUGAAUCUAUAUUCAAACCUCUUAAAGAUUUUCAUUUUUCUCUCAAAAAGAUACAAGAAAUAAUAAUACUUUGGUUUGACGUACAGAAAUAUAAAAUUUCUGUAAGUUCAAUAUUUCAUUGCCAAGCAAUAGAAACUUAUUUUUUCCAAGAAAAUUCUUUAUAUAGAGAAGUGAAUAAAACAUUGGAAAAUAUUCAAAACAGAAUUUCAGAAAAUGCUACUUUUCAUACCAUACAGAAUGAUUCUGAUAUAUUAAAUAAUUUACACGAUGCAAAUAUUAAAAUGGAUCAAAUAAUGAAAAGUCUUCAUAAUUAUUUAGAUGGCAAAAGAUUAGACUUUGAAAGAUUCUUUUUUCUAUCAAAUAUAGAAAUUCAAAAUAUAUUAUUUGAAUCAGAUAAUACUGAUAAAUUGCAGUUAUGUUUACAAAAGUGUUUUCCUGGUAUCAAAAAAUUAAAAUUUGAUAAAACUUGUAAUAUCUAUUCCAUUUUGGGAGACUGCAAUGAGAGCCUUCAACUUAAUACAAAUAUUACAAUAUUAAAUGGUGAAGAAAAAUGGUUAUGUACUUUACAAAAGGUAUUAAAAGAUACAAUUUAUGAGAAUUUACAAGAAUGUUAUUUGCAUUUUGAAGAAAAGGAUAUAUGUGAUUGGAUUAAAAAUGUACCAAGUAUGGUAAUAAUUUGUAUUUCUCGUAUUUAUUGGACCUCUCUAGUUCAAAGUUGUUACUUACCUUUUAACUUAUUAUUAUUAAAAACAGUUUACAAAAAGUAUUCUGAAUUAUUUACCAGUUUAUCUGAUCAAGUUAAAAAUAAUAUAAUGCAUCAAGAAAGAAAAAUUUUAAUGUCAUUAAUAAUUAUAACUGCUAAUUAUGAAGAAAUUAUUAAAUUAUUAUUAGAAAACAAUGUUAAUUCUUCUACUGACUUUAACUGGUUCGCACAAAUGCGUUAUUACUGGACUGAAAGUGAUAUAAAAACUUCAUUAUGUAAUGCUACAGUAAAUUACGGCUAUGAGUAUAAUUAUUAUCAACAACAUUUAGUGAGUACACCAUUAACUGAUAGAUGUCUUCGUACAUUAAUGGAAGCUUACAGUUAUCAUUUAUAUGGAGCUAUUAUUGGAUCAGUGGCAACUGGCAAAACAGAAACUAUUAAGUAUUUAAUAAAUUCUCUUGCAAUGCCUUAUUACAUAUUAAACAUGAAUGAAAGAUUUACUUACAAAUCUAUACUAUAUGUGCUGAAAGGACUUAUUUCUUGUGGAACAUGGAUUUGUUUUAAAAACUUUGAUAAAUUGGAGUUAAGUGUACUAUCUGCAGUUACACAAACAAUCGAGAAUGUUCAUCAAGUAACAUCAACGAAUUUGAAAUCUGUAAUGUUUGAAGGAACCAAAUUAAAUUUAAAUCCAAAUGGAAAUAUUUGCAUUAUUACGAAUAUGCAGCAUACUAAAUAUUAUGAAUUACCGGAUAAUUUGAAAAUACUUUUUCGCACAAUUUCUAUGAUAAAACCAGAUCUCAAUCAAAUAAUAGAAAUAGAACUUUUAGCAUCUGGUUUCUGCAAUGGAAGAGAGCUCGCAACAAAACUGAUUGUAAUUUAUAAAUUGUUAUCAGAACAAUUAUUAGAUAGAUCCCAUUAUAAAUUUAACAUGUGCUCAAUGAAAACAAUUAUUAAGACGGCAAGAAUGUUAAAAAUUCAUUUUCAAACAGAAGACGAAAAUGUUUUAUUGCUACGUUCAGUAAUUGAUAUAAUUUUACCGAUAUUAUAUAGUGAAGAUAUAAUAAUUUUCCAAAAUAUAAUACAUAGUACAUUUCCUUGCACUAAGUUACCAUCUCUCAAUAAUGAUACAGUUUUAAUGGCUUUAGAAAAUGUAUGCAAAUCAAGAUCUCUGCAUUUUCAUGAAAUACUGAAAUUAAAAUGUUUACAAAUAUUUGAAUUAAUGCAUAUUCAACAUGCUCUUAUACUUGUUGGUGGUCCACUUACAGGAAAAACAGAAAUGUUACAGAUUCUUGCAGAUACUUUUUUAUUAUUACAUAAAUGGAAAGAUAAUAAUGGUGCAGAAGUUACGCUAGAGAUUAUAAAUCCAGGAGUCAUUAACAGCAAUCAAUUAUUUGGCCAGUACAAGAGAGAAUUGAGUUUAUGGGAGGAUGGUUUAUGUUCUAAAAUAUUCCGUAUUUUUGCAACAAAUACUUCAUCAGAUAAAAAGUGGUUGAUAUUUGAUGGAUCCUUGAAUGAUGUAUGGGUUGAAAAUUUGUAUACUGUAAUAGAUAGCAAUAAAAUGCUUCAUUUAAUUUCUGGAGAAAGGAUUUUGAUGACACAAACAAUGUCUAUAAUAUUUGAAACUGUAGAUUUGGCAAAUGUAUCUCCAGUUAUUGUAUCACAUUGUGGUAUGAUUUACAUUGAACCACAAUCUAUUGGAUGGAAAUCAUAUAUAUUAUCUCAUAUAAGUAAAAAUCAAAUGUAUAAUAAGUACGAAAAAAUAAUGUAUUCAUUAUUAAACUGGUCAUUAGAUGCUUGUCUUCAAUUCGUACAUUUGAAUUGCAAAAUGACAAUAAAUGUAGGAGAAUUACAUCUUGUGACAUCAACAUUAAAUUUAUUUGAAAUGUAUUUACUAGAGGCUUGUAAUGAACAGUUAGAAAGAAAAGAAAAUUUAGAUCAUUUUGUCAUAUGGUCACAAGUAGCUUUAAUAUUAUCUUUAGUAUGGGUACUUGGAGGAAAUUCAUGCACAGCUUUUCAAAUAAAAUUUAAUGAAUUCUGUAUUGCACUUUGGAAUGAUGCUCACAAUAAAUAUCCACGUCCAGAAGAAAUUAAGCAUUAUGAUAUUGUUUUGCCUACUGAAGGAUUGAUACAAGAUAAUUUAUAUAUUUUUAAAGGUGUAGGUAAUUGGAAACAUUACAAUGAUUUAUUGAAAGGUGAGACAAUAACAGAUAUGUGCAAUUUUGAUCAAAAGUACGUUCCAACUCUUAAUUCUAUUAAGUAUAGUCAUUUAUUUCUUACACAUAUCAAGUAUUGCAAGCCUUUUCUUAUUUGCAGUAAUACUACAACAGGUAAAACUGUUCUUUUACAGAACUUGUUAAAAAAUAAAUUAUCAAAGCACAAAUAUUUAACAAAUACUUUUAAUUUUUCUUCUCUUAUAACUGCAGAAAAAGCAAAGUAUUUAUUUUUAUCAUAUUUAAGUAGAAUUAAAAGAAGAUACUAUGCUUUACCAAAAGAUAAAUAUUGUAUAAACUUGAUAGAUGAUUUAAAUCUAAAUACUGAUACAAAUAUGGAUUCAAAGUCUGUAUUAGAAUUAAUACGACAAUAUUUUAAUUAUGGGUAUUGGUAUGACACAAAAAUAUUUGAAAAAAUCUUCAUUACCAAUAUUAACUUUUUAUUAACAAUAACUACUGGUCAUGACAAACAUAAUAUUUGUCCUAGAUUUAUGCGACAUUUUAAUGUUUACACAUUGCCUGAACUUACGACAGAUAACAUUUAUAAAAUAUUUUCUAAUAUGCUUUUAACUAAUUUAAAAAAUAAUCUUUUUAGCACAGAUGUAUUAAAUAAUGUAACAAGUAUAACAAAUGCUACAAUUGAUGUCUACAACUCAAUAUUUAACAUCUUGCGUCCAAUACCUGCCAAAGUGCAGUAUUUAUUUAAUAUCAGAGAUAUAUACAGAGUGAUAAGUGGUUGUAGUCUUAUCCAAAAAGAAUCGGUAGAUACAAAAAUUAUAUUCAUUCGUUUGUGGGUACAUGAAACGCUGCGUGUAUUCGGUGAUCGGAUUUUAGACGAUGAUGAUAAAGAGAUUUUAUAUCAAAGUAUAAAAGAAGCUGUGAAAAAAUAUUUUAAAGAUUCGUUUGAGUCUGCUUUUGAUCAUUUGUCCAAAUUUGAGGAUAACAAAAUUACAAAAGAUAGUUUAAAAUACCUUCUAUUCGGUAAUUUUAUGGAAUCCGAGAAAACUUCACCAAAGUAUAAAAAAUAUGAAGAAAUAAGUUCUUUAGAAAUAUUGAAAGAUACAAUUAUAUCUUAUAUGAAGGAUUAUAAUAAUACCGAUAAUGAAAAAAUUGAUAUUGUAAUAACACAACAAAUUUUGAUAAAUCUAGUACAAGUUUGUAGAAUAUUGGCAAUGCCCGGUGGAAGUGCAAUAAUUAUUUCUACCGUUAGAUCUGGUAAAAGAUCAAUAACUAAACUUGCUAGUUAUAUACAACUGGAUCAAAAAUUUUUUGAGCCUACUACGGAUUCAUAUUAUAAUCUUAAUAUUUGGAGAGAAGAUUUAAAAGAAAUAUUACGUACAUGUGGAGAAUCUCAAAAAGAUUGUACAUUUUAUCUUACAGAUAGACAGAUGAAGAAUAUUUUCCUUCAAGAUAUUAAUAGUUUAUUACAUACUGGUGAAAUACCUGACUUAUUUUCAAGUGAAGAAAAACUUAAUAUCAUAGCAGCAACACGUAUACACGCUCAAAAAGGUGAUCCAAAUGCAGAAAUGGAUAUUUCUGCUGUAAUGGAUUAUUUUAUACAGCAAUGUAAAAAUAAUUUACAUUUUGUACUUGGCUUUAGUCCAAUCAAUAAUACAAUGAGAAGAUAUUUUUAUUUAUAUCCUAAUUUAAUUAAGUAUUGUACAAUAAAUUGUUAUGAUACAUGGCCAGAGGAUACUCUUGUUGAAAUAGCUAGAAUUCAUAUAGAAACCACACAUAUUCCAAAUAAUAUAAAAGAUAGUGUAAUAAAAGCUUGCAUAAAUUUUCAUAAUGAUGCAAAAAUAAAUAGCUUAAUGUACUUAAAGGAUAAUGGAAUACCAAUGUAUGUUACAAACUCAGCUUUUUUACAUAUUGUAAAGUUAUAUACACAUUUAAUGGCUAAGAAGCAGGAGCAAAUUACUACUAGCAGAAAUAGAUAUAUGAUAGGUUUAGAACAACUUGAAAUAGCAGCAAAACAAGUAGAAAAAAUGAGUAUGACAUUAACAAUUCUAAAACCUGAAUUAGAACUAUCUGCUCAAAGAACUAUAAAGACAAUGAGAGAAGUUGAAAAUGAAAAUUUAACUGUAGAGAAGGCUACAAUCCUUAUAAAAAAAGAAGAAGGAAUUGCCAAUAAAAAGGCAGAUAUUGCUGGAGCUCUCAAAUCUGAAUGUGAAGCUGAUCUUGCAGUAGCUAUUCCUAUUCUUGAAGAUGCUGUUUUAGCUUUAAAUACAUUAAAACCAACUGACAUUACUUUAGUCAAAGCUAUGAAAAAUCCUCCUGAUACUGUAAAGUUAGUGAUGGCUGCAGUUUGUGUUAUGUUAGGCAUAACACCAGAUCGAAUCGUUGAUUCUAUUAGUGGAAAAAAAAUUACAGAUUAUUGGGGUCCAAGUAAACGUAUUUUAGGAGAUAUGAAUUUCUUACAAAAUUUGAAAGAUUAUAAUAAAGAUAAUAUACCACCUACUGUUAUACAAAUUGUUAAAAAUGUUUACAUGACUGAUAAAAAUUUUGUACCUCAUAUUGUUGCUAAAGCAUCAAGUGCUGCAGAAGGACUUUGUAAAUGGGUAAGAGCAAUGGUGUCUUAUAAUGAAAUUGCUAAAGUAGUAGCUCCAAAAAAAGAGAAAUUAGCAACAGCUCAGAAAGAAUGUGAUGAAGCAGAAGCAUUUUUAAAUGAAAAACGUCGAACUCUUUCGAAUUUAAAUAUAAAAUUGGCUACUCUGAACAAUAGCCUCCAAGAUACUUUACAGAAAAAAUUAAAAUUAGAAGAAGAAGUAAAUAACUGUACAAAGAAAUUGCAAAAAGCAGAAAAUUUGAUUGCAAGUCUUGGAAGUGAAAAAGAACGUUGGUUACAAUUUGUAUGUAAUCUUCAAUUAAAUUAUGAUAAUUUGGCUGGGGAUAUGAUACUUUCUUCUGGGAUAAUAGCUUACAUGGCUCCAUAUAACAUCAAAUAUAGAGAUAAAAUGAUAGAGAAGUGGAUCAAGCUUUUACAAAUUUUAAAAUUACCAUAUUCUAAAUCUUAUGAUUUUGUGAAUAUACUUGGAGUGGAAUUUAAAAUAAGUUCAUGGUAUCUUAAUGGCUUAUCUAAAAACAGAUUUUCCACAGAGAAUGCUAUUAUUAUGGAGAACUCAAAAUUAUGGCCUUUAUUCAUUGAUACUCAGAAUCAAGCUAAUAAUUGGAUUAAAGAAAUAGAGAAAAAAAAUGGCCUUAAAGUUAUAAAAUUCACAGAUUCUGACUACAUGUCCAUCAUACAGUAUAAUAUUGAAAAUGGUAAUCCAAUUUUGUUAGAAAAUAUUGAAGAAGAACUUGAAGUUGCUAUAGAUUCACUUUUGUUAAAAAAUAUUUAUAAAAAUGGCGAUGAUUGGUAUUUAAAAAUUGGUCGAACUAUUACAAAAUAUUCACUCAAUUUUAGAUUGUAUGUCACAACAAGAUUAUCUAAUCCACAUUAUUUACCUCAUGUAUAUAAUAAACUUAUUGUAAUAGAUUUUUCUCUUUCUUGUGAUGCUCUUCAAGAUAAACUUUUAGAUAUAAUUAUUGGAAAGGAAAGAUUAGAACUUCAAGAACAAUUUGAGAAUAUUUGGAUAGAAGAUGCUAUCAAUAGGGAAGCUCUUAAAUCACAAGAAGAUAAAAUUUUAAGUACAUUAUCAUCUACUAGUGUAAAUAUUAUAGAAGAUGAGAAAGCUAUACAAAUAUUGGAUUCUUCUAAGACACUUUCUUUGGAAAUAAUAAGAAAACAAGAACAAGCUGAAGUGAUGAAAAAUAAAAUAAAUAUGGUUCGAAGUACUUAUAUGCAAUAUACUAAAUUUUGUGCUGGAUUAUUUACAACACUUAAUUCAUUAUCAAAUUUAAAUCAUAUGUAUCGCUUUUCAUUCAAAUGGUUUAUCCAAUUAUUUACACGAUCCAUCCAAGGAUCAAACAAAAAUAUUCCUCUUGAGAAACGAUUGAAAUUAUUAAAAUUUUCAUUUACACAAAAUCUUCAUUCGAGUGUCUGUAGAUCUUUGUUUGAAAAACACAAACUCGUUUAUUCGUUUUUACUAUGUUCUAAAAUUUUAUUAGACAAUAAGCAAACAACAGAAAAAGAAAUUAAUUUCUUUUCUGUCACAGAUAUAGAAUAUCCUAAUUUUUCAAAUUUAUAUAAAGCACCAGUUUGGUUACCAACAAAGUUGUGGAACAAAAUUUGUUAUAUAAAUGAUAACUUACCCAAUUUUCAUGGUCUUGCACAGGAUAUUUCUUCUAAUGAUAUAGCUUGGAAAAUAUAUUGGACCUCAGAUCAUUUAGAAACUCGAACAUUACCAGAUCCAUGGAAUAAAACGUUAGGCCCAUUUCAAAAUUUAAUAUUAGCUAAAAUUACAGAGCCAGAUAAGAUUAUUUAUCAUAUAAUAUAUUUUGUGGAGAAUUAUUUGGGAAAAAUGUUUAACUACUCAUCUCAAUAUACAAUGUCACAGUCGUAUGCAGAAUCUAGUUGCCUUCAUCCGCUUUUAUUUAUUUUACCAAGCUACUCUUUGCCUCUUUCUUUUCUUUCUGCUUAUGCAAGUACCAUUGGCUAUUCAUCAAAAUAUAUUUCUCUUUCUAUGAAAGACACACAGCAAAAAAAAGCAGAAAUGCUUAUUAAAAAAGCACAAAAAGAUGGUGGAUGGGUAUUUCUUCAAAAUUGUCAUCUUGCUGUUCCAUGGUUAUUUCAAUUAGAAAAAAUUUGUGAAAAUUUUAAUGCAUCAAACACAUGUUUAACUUUUCGAUUAUGGCUAUCCAGUUAUUCUAUUAAUGAAUUCCCUAUAAGUAUUUUACAAAACAGUAUAAAGUUAACAUUAGAUGAUCCAAUGAAUAUUAAAGAAAAUUUAUUGAGAUCUUUUCAAUCAAAGUCUAUAAAGAAUAAAAAUAUUUUUGAUUGCUGUCCUGGAAAAGAAAAAAUAUUCACAAAAUUUCUCUAUGAACUGUGUUUCUUCCAUAUAGUUAUCAAGGAAAAAAAUAAGUUUGGGCUGCAGGGUUGGAAUAUUCCAUAUGAUUUUGAUUAUUCCGACUUUGAAACAUCCAUUUUGCAAUUACAAGAUUUAAUAAACAAGCAUGAACAUGUACCAAUUGAAGCAAUAUCAUAUUUUAUUGGUGAAUGUAAUUAUGGUGGAAAAAUCAUGAACAAAUUUGAUCAAAGAUGUAUGAAUUAUCUCUUAAAUUAUUAUUGCAAUGAUAAUAUAACAUAUUCACAAUACUUCUUUUCUAACAAUCCAAAAUAUCUAUUGCCUCGAAAAUGUGAAUAUAAUGAGAUAAUAAAACAUAUACAAAAUAUGUCAAUAGAUCAUUCUGCUGAAGUAUUUGGAACGGAUGAAAAUGCUAUUGCUAUAAGAGAUGCUAAAGAAACUGCAGAAUUUAUUACAUAUAUGUCUUUAAUGAGUUCUGUGAUCUCAUCAAAGACCGAUGAAUUUAUAGAACCAGAUAAACUAACUAUUAUCGAUAACAUUGAAGCCGAAAUAUCAAAUAUAUGCAUCGUUGAAAAUGUAGAAAAAAUUCAUCAUUCUACACUUUCAAAUCCAUUGAAUAUCGUUUUAAUAUAUGAAAUUGAAUUAAUUAAUAAAACAUUAAUUGAAAUGGAAAGAACAUUGGCAGAUUUGAGAUCAGCAUUUAAUGGUGAUAUUAUAUUAAGCAAUUACUUGGAAGAAUUGUGGAAAUUAAUAUACAAUGGCCAAAUUCCAUAUACCUGGAAAAAAAUAUCCAAUAAUAUGGAAGCUAUAAACCUUUCUGAAUUUAUUAGUUAUUUAUUAAAGAAAAGAAACUUUAUCAAAGAUUGGAUUAAAAAUGAGCGUCCUUAUUUGAUACAUUUUGGUGCAUUAUCAUAUUGCAAAAUGUUCUUUUCCGUAUCAAAACUUAUGUUUUCGAGAAAACAUAAUGUUCCUAUUAAAAAGAUUUACUCAGCUUUCAAAAUAUUAGCAAUUUAUGAACCAUCUAAAAUUGAACAGAGAUUUAAUGAUAAUUUUUUCAUUUACGGAUUAUAUUUAAUCGGUGCACAAUGGGAUUCGCAAAAAAUGACAUUAACAAAUAGUGUACCUGGUACGUAUCGUUACGAAAUGCCCAUCAUUUGUCUUAAAUUUGUCACGAAAGAAAUAAUAUUAGAAAACGUGUAUAAAUGUCCUGUGUACACUAUUUGCAUGGAAAAUAACAUUAAAAAGUCAAAUGCGAAUUUUACACAUUCCGAUCAAAUGCAAAGUUCGCAUAUUCAUAUUAUGACUAUACCUUUAAAAACCAACAUAUGCGUUGCACAUUGGAUAAGACGUGGUACAGCAUUGUAUCGUUAAAUUUAGUAAUUACUAAUGUAAAUUAAUUAUAAUUGUAAAUUAUAUCGAAAUACACUGAAAUGAACAAACGAAUGCUCUUUAAGAAAGUCACAUAUAAAUAUAUACAAUAUCAAUCAUUUUUUAAAUUUAGUAAAACCUUAAAAAUUAUCUAUAAUAAAUUUGUAAAACGUUAUUUAAAAAAAAAAAAAAAAAAAAAAAAAAAAAUAAUGUAAAAGUAUGCGAUAUGGUGAAGUUGAAAUUUCAAAUAUUUCGCAAAUUUUAUCCGCGCGGUAACAUCCGGUUCACGUUUAUCUAGACAAAAGGAAUGACAGUAGCAGUUUAAGGCCGAGAGAAAAAAUUUUGUUGUUAGAUCUACAGAAUUCAUAGAGCGAAAUUAAAUAGAGAUACAUCGAUCGACAAGAAAGGAAGCAGUCAUACAUUGUGUUGCACUUGCAAGCUUUUAUGAAAACGAUGAGCCUCCUACAUUGGUAAAUGAAUCUGUCGAAAGAGCCGUACAAGAAGAAGAUAUAGAAGAUAGUUCAAAGAAUAUAGUGAAACAUAAAGAAGCUAGCACAAUGGAUAAAAAUACAGCUAAAAAUAAAUCCAAACCAAAACCAAAA